UCACAAGUCACACUCAUUCACAAAUGACAGUCAGUGACAGUCUGCACGCUGCAGCCAUUACUUCUGAACAGUGUUCAAAGCGACUGAUGAAAAGAAUUUAAUUUAUUUUUAUUUAUAUAACAGUAAUCUAAAUUAAGAAAAGAUGCCUUCGAAUCACACCAAUGGAUUUACAGACCCCAAAAUGGCGACAGUCAUGCAGUUAUUCCAACCAGUCCAACCGAAGAUAGAAGAUACAGGGAAUAAGAUAACUGUGGUCGGGGCAGGACAAGUUGGCAUGGCGGCUGUAUUCUCCUUGCUAACUCAGGGUGUUUCAAAUAACAUUGCUAUUGUAGAUGUCAUGGAAGACAAGCUAAGAGGCGAGAUGAUGGACCUGCAGCAUGGGUCUGCGUUCUUGAGAAAUGCGAAAAUUCAGGCCAGCACAGAUUACUCGAUAUCGGCGGGUUCCAAGAUAUGUAUAGUGACGGCGGGUGUGCGGCAGCGGGAGGGGGAAUCUCGUCUCAAUCUCGUGCAGAGAAACACUGAUGUUCUGAAGAUCAUCAUUCCUCAGCUAUUAAAGUACAGUCCAGACUCCAUUUUGAUGAUUGCAAGCAACCCCGUGGACAUCCUCACCUACGUAUCAUGGAAGAUCAGCGGUCUGCCGAAGCACCGAAUCAUUGGAUCCGGCACUAACCUGGACUCGGCGCGAUUCAAAUAUCUGCUCUCGGAAAAAUUGUCAGUGGCCACCAGUUCCUGCCAUGGCUACAUCAUCGGUGAACAUGGCGAUAGCAGCGUGCCAGUAUGGUCUGGUGUGAACGUGGCCGGAGUAAGACUGAGUGACCUGAACCCUAAGAUUGGCACUGACAGCGACCCUGAGAACUGGAAGGAACUGCAUGAGAUGGUUGUUAAGAGCGCUUACGAAGUGAUCCGCCUCAAGGGAUACACCUCUUGGGCUAUCGGCCUCUCGCUCUCACAACUGUCUAGAGCUAUACUCACUAAUGCAAACACUGUGCACGCCGUUUCAACGUGUCUAAAGGGCGAGCAUGGUAUCGAAGAUGACGUGUUUUUAUCCCUGCCGUGUGUCUUGGGAUCUAAAGGAGUGUCUGACGUCAUUCGCCUACAGCUCACAGAGAACGAAGUCGGUCAACUUCGCGAGUCUGCCAAAUUAAUGGCAUCCGUUCAAGCGGGCAUCAAAAUGUAACCGUCUAAUAGAAUUCUGCAUUUUUGUAAUCCUAUCGAUGUUUUGUAAUCCUAUUGAUCUAUUGUAAUGUGGAUUCGUUUUUGGUGUGCUUGGCUUAGAUGCUUUAAUUUGUUCGUUCCUAUAUUAUUUGGAGUCAACAAGCAAAUAAAUUAUUGUAAAAGAAUCAAGCAAGUAACAGUGACAAUGAAAGCAUGAGAGGACACUUAAAUCAUUAAUUUAAACCUAAAAUCAAGUAUAGACAUUUGCAUACACUGGUGACUUGGUAAUUGCUUUAAAAAUUAGGUAUUUAACCUAACAAAUUGAAAGGUAUCAUUUGGCCGCAACAUACACAAAAUGAUAUUAUACGAAGAAUACGACAUCUGGAUUUGUCAAGAUAUUUUCUGAUAGUAAAUACAAAUAAGUCAAUUUGAGACUUUUAACAUAUAAUUAUCGUGUUUCUGGGCCAUACGGUACAUGAUGUAAGUUGAUGUUUACCUAUAUAUCUAUGAAAACAUCUUAUAAUCACUAUUUAGAAAUCACAAUACUUACGAAUGAUUUUUUGAUGAAUGAUGAAUUUACAUUUACAGACAUCAAUAAUCCUCUUCAAUAUUGAAAAUAACUACGGUGAAGGUGGAUUGAAAUGUAAUUUUAUUUACCAAUUUCAUUAACACAUUCACUGCUAACCUCAGAAAGGGAACUCAUCUCGCUCUGUUUCCCGCACCACUGUUUACGAUUUCGUAUAAUAUGUCCUCGACAGGCAUGCGUUCAAUACACGUACCGAAUAAUAUUUGUGAUCUUUUAUAAUAUUAUAGGGGUGAUCUUUGCGAGUUCAUCUAACGUCACAGGCAAUUAUUUUCUUAAAUAUAAAAAUUUUUCGUCCUUUUGUGUAUCAAUACAUAUACAUUUACAAUACAUAAAAAUAUUAAAAUAUGAUUAAAAAUUAAAAAUAUUGCCAGUUACUUUAAUUUUAAAAUUGGAAUAAGUCGUACGAAUAAGUACUACUUACUACCUAGGUAUUUAUUACGUUGCACGGUUGCAAUUUCAUUAAGAUUGGUUUUCUGAUACAUGACAAUUGAAACCAGUACCGAAUUCACGUUUAGAUUCAAUUUAAGAAAGUUAAGUCUUAAUCUAGAAAUGUUUACUUUUAAUUUAAUUAUUUUUUCGUACUACCUAAGUACCUACGUAAGAGAAACGCAUUUUAAGAUCAUUUCAAACUUAACAGAAUUGUAUUAGGUAUUUGACUAUUAUUAUUUAUUACAAGUUAUUCUUGUUCACUGUCAAUUUAGUAAGUGCAUUUGGAAUUAUUUUUUAAAUAAGGUAUUUUAUUACUGGCUGACACAUACACAUAUCAUCACAUUGUUUAUCAUUGAGUGGUAAUUAUGAUCAUAUUACAGAAUGUGUGUCAAGUGUCCCUGAUAACGAUCAUACGUUUAGUGAUAUCUAUCAAUAUUUUUUGUGUUUACUGACACAAAGACGAACGGAAGCUGACAGUCUCCGUCUCUAAUGAAUUUCUCUAAGUCUCUUCAGUCUUCUCUUACGCUUACCAUAAGGAACCGUAGAAACCCUUCAUCUUCAUUCGGUUUGUUUCGCCUCCGUUCGAUAUAGCGUGUGCACUCGGCGCAAGACCAAAGAAUAUAAUAUUAAAAUAGUACAAGGUAAGACUUACAAAUUACAAAUUAGAUACCCACAGAUCUACUAGAUAUUAGUUAUAGGUACUACAUAAGUAGGCAUAUGUUUGAUUAAUGUACUUUAAAUUCACAAAACAUUGUAACACCAUUUUUCGAAUAGUUUCAGAAAAGGAAUAAUCAAUUGAUGAUAUUAUAUAAUUUAGUUACUUACUCUUCUUAUAAGCUUUAGCUAUUAAUUAUUAUUGAAAAUUAAAUAUCUUAUCAAUUAUGUUUAAUGUCUGCAUUAUUAAUAAAGAUAUGAUUUUUAUCUA